AUAAAAAUCAAAAGAGGAAGAGGCCAAGGCCACAAACCAAAGGCCACUCUUCUGCGUCGCCGUCGGUCUCCUUUUUCUCCCGGAGAAGAUGCUUCUUGCCUUCAAACCGCCAUCGGCAUACCUCUCCCCAUUUUCUUCUCCUCAAGCACCUCCAUCAACUCAUUCUUGGCCCCUCCAUCACUGCGACCAUACCUAUAACCCCAGCCAUUUUUCUUCUUCUCUUCCUCUUUCUCUUACUCCAACCCUUGCCCAUUCCAAGCGCCCCAGAAAGUUCGGUGUUUCAUAUCGGUAUUCCGGCAGCGAAGACGACGAGAAUUAUAGCUUCGACGAGGCAGUUUCCCUUUUCAAGCAAAGGGAAUACUACAAGUGCCAUGACCUACUCGAGGCACUAUGGAACAAAGCCGAGGAGCCUACUAGAACACUCAUUCAUGGCAUCCUACAAUGUGCCGUCGGAUUCCACCACCUUUUUAACCAGAACCAUAGGGGAGCCAUGAUGCAGUUGGGUGAGGGGCUGUGUAAGCUUAGAAAGAUGAAUUUCGACGGUGGACCGUUCUAUGACUUUGAGCAAGAUAUUGCUGCGGUUCUCAACUUCAUUUACAAUACUCAAAUUGAGUUGGCUGCCUGUGGUGAUGAUCUGUGUGUGACAAUGGAGCAGUCGGAGAGGUCAUAUCUUCUCCUCGGGGGCUAUGCCGCCGGCCAGCAUGUUUAUCAUCUGCAAACAGAUUCAAAUGAAGAUGUGUAUAUAGUGUAUUGCCCUCAAAGACCCGAUGGAUCCGCUCAGGCAUCCGGUCCAACUCCAAGGGUAAGGCUUCCGGUUCUUAAAGCUGCAGAGGGCCAGCAUUUGGUCUGUGAAUAAAGUCACUGCAGGAACCAAUGUAUUAUACAGUAAAUAAUCCAUUUCUAUUCCUUCAAAAGAUUAAGGCCAAUAGCCUGAUAUAAAGUGUGUGAUCAAAAUGAAGCUUUUUCAUUGUGGAUGA